AUGGCUGCUGGACCUGAGGAGGACAUUGACUUUGAGACGCUACAAGCGCAACUUGACAAGACCUGGGCGUACGCACACAGUGUGGUGGACAGCUGGACGAAGAGGGGAAAGUCCACAGCGGCGCCUAGUAUAAUGUCAGACAAGGAGCUGAAUGACCUGUUACGAAGACCAUCACGAUUAGGUGUCGGUGCACCCAUGCCAGACUCUACAUCAUCCUCUGUCGCCUCGGCCCGCGAAGCCUUGAAGUUGAAGUACAAGUUGGAAGGAAAGGAUAAGAAGAAGCGUGCACGUGAGGAAGAGGAAACGCAUAAGGGCGACGAAGAUGAAGACGGGGAGGAGAGCAGGGCCAGUGCGAUCCGCAAGAAACCGCGGAUAGACCCUUUCGCCUCGCCCGGCGGGAAGAAGCGGAAGGCCGAGAAAGGGUCGGGCGUGUCGCAUGCGAAGGAGCAACCCGUAGCUGGUCCUUCGACGCUGAACGCGAAGGCGACAAUCCAGUCUCCACGGCCCGACAAGAAGGGCAAACGCCGGGCACGCUCAUCUUCGCAAGACGGGUCUGCCGCUCGUUACUCUCCUGCAGUAUCCGCCACACCCUCCAAUGCAGCCAGCUCCCUCAAAGCCACAUCCCCGGAAACCAUCCCCACACCUUUACCUACGUCAAAUCUCAACUCCAACACCGAUGGAGAUAAUACCGGUCUACCCAUACUCAACCUCGACGGACCUCCGCCACAACCUCCAGCCUCACCGUCUAAAGCGGAGUCGUCCGCAGCUGAGAAGAGACGUCAGAAGCGUAGGCGACAGAGAGAACGGAAGAAAGCCAAGAAAGCCCAGGUCAAACAGGGCGAGAGUGGUACUGUCAGUGAUACAGAAGAGGCCACAGACGUAGAAUGA